AUGACCAUUGACGCCCACCCACCUACCAAGACCACCCAUCUUGCGGCAAGUGCCCAAGACACCAUGAGCUCAGCCAAGAAGUUCAUUGGUGCUGUGGAGGAUGAAUGGCAACUUUAUAGCGACCGCGCCGACGAUUACACUAUUGGUGCCCCCGUUGGCUUUGGCGCAUCGUCCAUAGUCUACGCCGCGACUUAUCGACCUCCCGAAUCACGUUCGAAGGGAAUUCCAUGCGCACUGAAAGUCCUUGAUCUCGACAAGCUACCGCCAAGGUCGUUGCAACUUCUACAGAGAGAGACGACACUCAUGUCGCUCUCGAAGCAUCCCAACGUGCUCCGUGUGCGAGGCUCCUGGAUGGACGGCCACAAACUUUACAUUGCCCUACGGCUCAUGAACAAAGGAAGCGCCGCCGAUGUCAUGCGUUAUGGAUGGCCCGGUGGGAUGGAAGAGGAUGUGGUGCGGUGUAUCCUCAGACAAGCACUGAAGGGGCUCAACUACCUGCACAUUAACGGAUUCAUCCACCGGGAUAUCAAAGCUGCCAAUCUGCUCAUCGACGACGACGGCACCGUCCUCCUAGGGGAUUUAGGAGUAGCCGCUGACCUCACUGAAGACACCUCACAUAUCGGUUCCUCGUCUCACUCCAGCAAGUUCAACAUCACUUCUACACAUGCAACGUCGCAACCUAGGUCGUCGUCAGCUUCUACGCAUAGUGGAGGCAAACGUGGCGUUGCAUUCGAUGAUUCAGUCCCAGGGGUUUCACGGCCCCGCAUAGGAAAGCGGAAGUCGUUUGUCGGCACGCCCUGUUGGAUGGCUCCUGAGCUUAUUCAAGGCAAACAGUAUGAUUCCGCGGCCGAUAUCUGGAGUUUUGGAAUCACGGCUCUGGAGCUCACUCAAGGACGUCCUCCGAGGUCCAGAGAAUCUCCGCAGAGAGUGUUGCUGAAAACAAUCCAAGAAGCUCCUCCGACAUUGGAGCGUGAGGGCGGGACAUACAAGUACUCUCGGGCCUUCAAGGAAGUAAUAGACAGUUGUUUGGUGAAAGACCCUACGCAAAGACCAACUGCUCAACAACUCCUACAAACACCUUUCUUCAAGUCCGCGAAGAGCAAAUCCUAUUUGAUCAACACGAUAUUAAAAGAUCUUCCUCCCCUGACUCAACGCCAGGAGCGCCGAGUCGUCUCACACCCCACAUCUCCGGGCUCGAUCGAUUCAUGGGACUUUGCAACCACUAUCCAUUCUCCUACCACGAGCGUGUACAGGAGACGGGCAUUGGAAGACCUUGUUGCUGCAGAAGAUGAAGAGCUGCGAGCUGCAGGCCUGUUGAUGGACGAAGGUCGCUCGUCAACACCAGGCCUUCAUGGAAGGAGUAUAUCAUGGGCAAACGGGGCGGAGGAGCCUAUUCAUGAAGAAGCAGAGCAAGAGCCGCGACCAUCAUCUCCAAGCACGAGCGAAUCGAGCAUGCUGAGCUCAAGCCUGGAUGGUAGUCCUUCGUCUUUGCCUACCUCCGCACCAUCUUCGUACACAGAUGGCUCGCCUUUCGCUUCAAGAGUGCAAUCUGGCAAUUCGUCUCCCAAGCUGGAGAAGCCUCCUCUUUCUCCCAUAGUUGAGUCCCGGGGCCAGCCCGCAUCCACCCACGACAGAACCGCUCUACCUGAAGUUGUCCAUGUCUCACCCGUUGUUCCAUGCGUUUCUGCUCCGCAACCCCCGCCCACCGUCGAGAAGCCACCUUCACCUGAACUUCCAACCAUUCCGCGUAGCUUUAACCCUUCGCAGUUCAGUAAGCCGAACCGAAAAGCGACCGCUCCUGAACCUGCGCCCACUCCGAGCACAAAUUCCUGUAGCGCGAGGUCAUCUUCUCCUGGAUUGUGGAAAAAGAUCAAGACUAACGUCAAGCGACCUACUUCUCGUAGUGGUCUGUCGGAUAACGAGGUCGAAGGCUCUCCUCGAAAGGAUAAAGAGAAAAAUCGCAUGAGCAUGUUCUCGAGUGCGAGCAAGGGUCUUCUAUCUCGCAGUUCUAGCAAGAAUCUUGCUCAGAGGUCGAAAGAUGGCAAAUGA